AUGACGUCAUCAUCUACGCUUAAACGUAGAGUAAUUAAUCCAGAUGGAAACAUUGGUACAUUCUACAAUAUAUACAGAGACGAAGUACUCGAUCAAUCAGCUUCAAUUGAUAAAUAUGAAGAAAUUCAAAGUUACAAACCAGUACAUUGUGAGUUUAUAGAUGAUAGCAUAGAAGAAUUUCAAAAUCUUCUUAAAUGGAUUAACAUUGAAGGUGAUUUACGAGUAAAUAUCCUAUUGAAAUCAGAACUACGAACUGGUGUAGCCGCACUUAUUGAUCAUCAGUAUAAAAUCGAUAAAUACACUCGUGUUAUGCAUUAUUUUUGUGUGUAUCAUGAACGACGAAUUCUUGACAAUUCAACAGAAGCAAGAGAACAUUGUAAACCAAUACCAAAUGAUCUUCUUGCCACUCACAUUAUUUCUGCUGUCAGUUUCGGUAUUGAUGUUGUUAUUGUUCUACAGGUUCCAGCUGACGAUCAGACUGCUGAAAGAAUCGAUGUUGCACUUAAGAAAAUUCAAACUCAAUGGAAGAAUUCCAGCGAUAUUUCUCAUUCUAUUGAAGAUGAUGUAAAUAUUCUCGAAAAAAUUACUUUAACUAAAAUAUAUUCAAAUUUAAUUCGAAUAACAAAAAUGACUUCAUUUAUUGAAAUUUGUCAAUUCAUCGAUAGAAAUAAACAAAAAAUCAAUGAAUAUUGUCCAAUAGAAUACACUCUACAACCUAUUGAAUGGUUAUAUCCUGAUACUAUUUCAUUAUAUCCACCAUAUCUUCCAUUAGAUAAAAUUUAUAUUGAUAAAUUUGAAAAACAUUUAAUAGAAAUUUUGAAUUCUUACAAACAAAUAUCAGAUUUACUCGAAUAUUAUUCUAAUCAGAUACUUCCUGAUUAUCUUAAAGAAUUACUUAUAGAAAUGGAAAGUGAAUACAGAAGUUUGCAGGUAUUGUAUGAAAGCGGAAUUCUACGAUUAACAACAUUGAUGAUGGAAAUUCAUAGUGGACAGGCAAACGUUGAUGAAAUCGAUCCAGCACUUGAACACUACGAUCAAACGAUAUUCAAAGCAUAUAUUCAAAUAAUCUUGAAAAAAUUGAUGUUAAUCAAAGAAGAAAUUCAAUACGUGAAUAGUUCACCACAAGAAAAACUUAAAUACAAUCAGUUUUCUGAAACUGAAAUAAAUCAGCAUAUAAUGGAACAGAUGUUAGAAUGUCAGAUAGCUACAGAGAAACAAUCAGAUGACGAGAUUUUUUCUAAUGAUCAAGUGCUUGACAACAAAUAA